UUAAUAAGUAACUGAAUCGAUAUUAUUCAUCUUUUAGUUGAAUACUUAAUACCGGUCUCGCUUAAUAUAUUAUAUUCUUAUAUGAUUUAAUUAAAAAGUGUAUCACUUAAGUACCUAUCUAUUUCAUUUUGAUUCAAAUUAAUUAUUGACUUGAAAGUCGUAAUUAUCAUAAGUCAAAUACGUGAAAAGUACAACAGUAUACUUUUAAUAGGUAUAUUUGUAUUAACAUUUUUUUUAAAAUGUUUAAACUGUCCAGAUGUUCAAUCGGUGUUUUGAUGCGCUUAAGUGGCGGUCCAAACUUAACGCGGGUGGAAAAUGGACGAACCCCCCCAAAAAAGUAUCUGCACGAUUUUACAUACCAUGGCCAGGAACUGUCGGUCACUGAAGCGAAAAAUGUCUUAUUCCAGUAUUUGGACAACAACGGAUCUGUGGACUUGGAAAAGGAUGCUAAUGGCAUCGCGAAAAUACGCUUAAAUAAUCCUCGUAUCAAGAACGCUGUAAAUGUAAAAAUGUUAUCGGACCUAGAAGAUAUUACAGAAAAAUUGUCCCAGUGGACCGAGUGCAAAGGAGCAAUUAUGUAUGGCACUGAUGGAAAUUUCUGUUCUGGGGGAGAUUUGAAAGUGGCGAAAAAAAUUAACAACGCGUUUUACGGAUAUGCGAUGUCUAUUUACGUUGGUCAUAUUCUCGACAAAUUCAAAACGCUUCCCAUUAUUACUGUUGCAUAUAUCGACGGCACGGGUGCAAUUGGCGGAGGUGCGGAAAUAACAACGGCGUGCGACUAUAGGCUAAUGUGCAACGCUGUCGAUACCACGGCCAUAGGGUUCGUUCACUCGAGAAUGGGCAUAGUGCCUGCGUGGGGCGCCACCGGACGGUUGGCGUCGAUCAUAGGCACCCGGAAAACGUUGAAACUGUUGCUGGAAUCACGAAGAUUGAGCGCAGCCGAGGCAAUGGAGUUGGGUCUGGUGGACGGCGUGGUGGCUACGUUGGCGGACGCCGAAGCGUGGCUGUCCCGCAAGGUCAAACCGGACGUGAACAUUAUCCAGGCCAUCAAGCGUACGGUACAAUGUUACGAAAAUUCGCAGGAAGCUACGCGAAUGCUAGAGAGCAAGAUAUUCGCGCCGCUCUGGGGCGGACCCGCAAACCAAGCUGCAAUCGAACGGCACAUGAAACACAAAAAUAAAUAAAAUCUGCGGCGCGGAGAACUCGACAUUAUUCAGGGGCUAGUCUAAUAUUACAUCCAACCAGCUAUUCGUCCAAAACCAGAUAAAAGUAUUUACUGUCAUAUUUUAAACUAAUUAGUUUAAAACACUAGAUAAUACUAAAUUAUUACCAAUUGUCUAUCUCAUUCACUGACCACUCCUUAAAAACUCAGACUGUCACUUGUCAUAGGGUUACUUAACCGUCUUCACCCUUUUCGCCACCGCACUAGAAAUUUUUUUAUAUUAUUUAUAAAGGCAUUUCAUUUUACAAUUGAUACUUAAACGAAAGAUAACGAAUUUAUAUUAGUUGUUGUAAGUUUUUUAUAUCUAUUAACCGUCACCGAGACUUUAUUGUUUUUAUAAAUAAAUAAAUACAUUUUCAAAAUAUUA